GGGUCUAGUUAGUUUCUGACAACCAAAUCAACCUGAAAUGAAUAGCAUUUCUUGUCACUAAAUUCACAUAAAACAAUAAAAAUUCUAGGACUUCCCUCUCUAAAACAUUUAAUUAAAAACCAUGCUGCGUAGUCUAAACGUAAAACCGCUCCUGUUGGCCAAGAUGACCGAAGGAUUCUUCCGCCACUAUAUGGACGCUAAUAUUUUUAGUAUAAAUUCGAACUUUGUGAAGGGUAGCCUCCGGACGGAACCUGUUAACCUGAUGCCGGCAACCAAAUAUGGCGGCAUUGACACGGUAACCCUGCUAACGGGAACAACCCUACUUGGCCAACAAGGCUCCAAAUAUGUCACCGCAAUGCUGCAGAGUUCCAAGGUGCCAGUUGAAGUGCAGGUCAUUGAUCCGUAUCAAACCGACGACUUCUACAAUUCGGUGUUAAGGAACCGAUCGGCCGUGCACGUCGAUGCCGUGGUAGAUGCCGAGGCCAAGAAGAGGUCUAUGAAAAUGUCCAACGAUCUGGACCUGUACCUGUUCAAGUGCCGAAUGCAAAGCUUUCCCGGCUUUAAUUACCGUUUCCCGGAUGUUAACAUUAAUAUCAUUGCUCAGAACAACUUGGGCAUCUACUCGGAUCUAGAGUACUCCCCAGUAAAGGGGGUGGUGGAGGCCAUUUCCGUGGGCACCAAGGAAAAAAAUGAAAAGUACCUGAGAAAGGCCUUCGAUACAGCCGUCGCAGCCGGACGGAAACGGGUAACAUUGAUUCACAAGAAAACAGAGUGGCCACUGACGGAUGGAUCCAUGGUAAAAGCUGCAAAGAAGAUUCACAAGGAUUACAAGGAUUGCUUGGAACUGGAGCUAUUGAACGUGGAGGACUGUAUCGGAAAGCUCGUAACCCAUCCCCAGGAGUUCGAUUGUAUCUUUUCAAGUGACCGCUAUGCUACUAUGAUAGCCACAAUUUGUGCCGGUGUCUGUGGCGGAGCCAAUCUCUUCAGCUCCGUGGAAAUGGGCGACUUCCACGCCGUGUUCAAGCCACUGCAGGUGAAACUCUCACUGACAAACUACCCGAUCCUUAGUCCGUACGGGAUCGUCAACGCCAUUGUGGAUCUGUUCAAUCAUCUGGGUUACGCAGAUUGCGCCAAAGAACUUUGUGGCCAGAUGGUGCGCACUAUGGAGUCUGGCAUUAAAACAAAGGAGUUCGGUGGCAAGGACUCCGGCGAGUACGUCAUCUGCAACAUCAUCAAUAGGCUACGCUGUCAGCGAAACAUGAAUUAGAUUACGGUUACGUUAAUGGGGAAAUAAAUUUAAGUUUUGAAGUUCUAACAAGCCCAUCCCAUCUAUAAGCGAAGUUUGCUGCACCAUUCUUUAAAUUUAUAUUUUACCAUGAUUAGCAAAUAAAAAUGAAGUGGAAUUUA